GCGCAUUUUCUCUCUCUGACGUGUUGACGUCCGUACUGGGGAUCUUGCCGGGAAGCGAAUCCGGACGCCUGUUUCGGUACCAAGAAGGAGCCGUUUCAGAUCUUGGACCCGAGCGCUCUUCGACGGCGGGGCGAUGGCUUUCAUGGUGAAGCACAUGGUGGGGGGACAGCUGAAGAACCUGACCGGCACUUUGGGGGACGACAAAUCGGACGGUGAGAAAUCCGAAGCCGGUUCCAAAGGGAUGACCGAAGAGGAGUAUGAGCAGUACCAACAGCAGCUGCUCGAGGAAAAGCAGGAGAGAGAUGCCAACUUUGCCCAGCGGAAGGCAGAGCGUGCCACGGUCAGGACCCACUUCCGGGAUAAAUACCGACUGCCAAAGAGUGAAUUGGAUGAUGCACAAAUCCAGCAAGCAGGGGAGGAAGUGGAGCUGCCAGCAGAGCUGGCCAAGAUGAUCGCAGAGGACAGUCAGGAGAAGACCCACAAGCGGUCAGUCAUUGGGCAGCUGGGCAACAUCCAGAAUGUAGACCUGGACCAGCUGAAGGACAAAGCACAGUCCACGCUGGAAGACCUCCGGCACUCGGCCGAGAAGUGUGACGUCAUGUGAUCUGUGACUCCGCCUCCCCCCUGGCUCCUGGGGACCCGCCUCCCGCACCCUCGUCACUGCCGGUGACGGUCAUUGGUACCAACACAGACGUGACCACAUAAGUCAACUUACAUGCAAACCAACAAACACCAGCCAUUCAGGCCAAACCAUUUAAAUACACAAACACAAAAAGAGCGAGGAGUUAGAUUAUAGCUUUGUUGACCAGUCUGGUGAAGAAUUUAUCUGGAACUGUUCAGAACGAGCAAAAUAGUCUCAUUUCCUCAUUUAAUUUAACUUCAAUCCCAUUUUUCUUCACCUCCUUUUUUCAUUACUUUGUCACUCUCAAGCAGGGUAACGUCAAGCAUGUCCGCAUCCAAGUAAGAAAACUGUAUUCAUUGUAAACCCCCAUCCAUCCAACCAUCCAUCUAUGUUAUGAUGAACACAGGGUAUGAGGCAGGAUUGCCACUCCAUCAAAGCUCAUCUUUUUAACACACUUGUGUAUGAAAUCUUGAAAUGAAAUUGUAUUUUUUGAUAUAUGAGGCAUAGUAGCAUAAUGCCAACAUCCUAGGUGUGUGUGUGUGUGUGUGUGUCUGCGUGUCUGUGUACACACACACACACACACACACACAUACAUACACUGGAAUCCCAUGAACAAAGACAAGUAUUUUGUUUUCCAGUGUCUUGAUUUUGCCCUACACACAUGAAUACACAAACACGGUUAUAUAAUGUCCACAGAGAAAAUAUCCAAAAACUUCAGAAAAAUCAAGAAAUAAAUAAGUCAAUGAAACAAACUUCAUCUAAUCAGGCGGUCAAAAUUAUCAAAGUUGCCACACACUGCAGUGGUGGUGUGACAGUCCAGUGUUUCCCAACCCUGUCCUCGGGGCACACAGAUGCCUUCUUUGCUCCAUCUCAGCUCCAAAAGUGUGGACUGUCUGCGGGUCCCUGCAGACCAGGUUGGGAGACCCUGUGACAGUGUGUUUGCUGGGAGGUUGGCUGCUAUGGGCACGUGUGUCGCCUGCAGCCUUUGACCCGACAGUGUCUGCAGUCCACUGCUUGGUUGGCAGGUCCCACUGCGAUCCGCAGACACGCUGUGUGACCUGUCAUCCAGUCACUGCCCACUGAGAUCCCAUCCCCCGAAGCCCAUCUCUCUGUCCAUGUCGACGGUGAGUGCUUGUGCUGAUGGUUCAUUGUUGUAUCGCCAUUUGUUAAUUAGUGUGUUCAGCUUUCAGUCAGUGAGGUUGUCCCUCUCUUAUACUGAGUGUCGGUUGUUACAAAAAAUAGUUUAAAAAAUAAAUCCUCAUCUUGUCUAAGUAUAAUUAGUUAAAGUAAGAGAUAGACAAUCCCUGGGUGUUCAUGGAUGAAGGUGAGCUGUAAUAGUACAUAAUAUUACCACCCAGGUGUAACUGUUUUUCAAUUUCUGAAAAUAUUGGCUAUUUGGUAAAAUGCUGUGGCAGGUAAUGAAAAUGUGCAGUUUGUGAUACUUGUAGUGACAUAUUUAUAUAUUUUUGAUUCACUCAUUAAGUGAUUUAUUUUUAUGAAGUUACUGGUCUUGCUGUCAUGUCUGAGCCUCUUUGGGGUGGAACAAUAGUUUAAAAAUGACCUGAAGCCCAUGUUUGUGCAGGUUGUGCUUUGCAUGCAGCCAAAAGCAUCGCAAAAACCCUUUAAUAUUGUCAAUAUUAAUCAUCUGGAACAACUUACCUGAGCUCAAUAAAGAUAUACUAGGAAUAUCAA